UGCUGUGAUACGGGACUCCAGUCUCCUGCGUCACAAGCUGUCCCAGUGAGCGAACGUGCUGUCCUCUUGAACGGAAGUCUUUGUGCAGGGAUGGAGAAAGACAUCGGCAACGGCGAACUGCAAGCACUAGAGGAGAAGGCUGGAAACCCAGAAUGCAAUACAAAAACAAAGGCUUCUCCAGCAUUCGAGGAAGUCCUGGACGCCAUUGGGUCCAGGGGGAAGUUCCAGAUGAGGCUGAACAUCGUCUUCGUUUGCUUUGCCUCAUGCUUUGAUCUGAUGAGUGUCAACAUGUUCUACCUGGCUAUGCAGACUCCUGAUCACUGGUGCUACGUCCCUGGCAGGGAGCUUUCCAACCUUUCAGUUGAGCAGUGGAAGAACCUCACCAUACCGAGGGAAGGGGCCUCGUUCAGCAAGUGCCUGAUGUACAACCAGAGCGAUGUGACGGACUUCGGCGGCAGCAGGGAACCUGUGAAGUGCCAGCACGGCUGGGAGUACGACGACACAUGGUUCUCCCUGACGGUGACGUCACAGAUGAACUGGGUCUGCGACAACCGGCAGGCCGUCAAUGACGUCUUGUUCUACUCACAGAUUAUUGGAGUGGCGCUGGGGUUACUGUUUGGCUACAUAGGCGACAUGUACGGCCGGCGCCCCCAGCAGCUGCUGUGCCUGUCAGCCCACGUGGUCAGCAGAGUGCUGGUCGUCCUCGCUCCACACGUGCUGCCCCUCUUCAUCCUGGCAGAAUCUCUCGUGUCAGCUGCGGCUGGGCCUAUGAUAGAAUCUGUCUUGUCUGUUGGUUUGGAGCUAACUGAUAUCAAGCACCGAACUGCAGUCAACCGCUAUGCGUGCUGCAGCAUGGCUGUUGGAAUGAUGCUUGCUGGUCUGGUGCCUUGGGCGCUGCCCAAUUGGAACUAUUCCCUCUCGUUUGCUGCCCUCAGUUGUUUUAUACUAUUCUUCUUCUUCAGUUGGUUCCCCGAGUCUCCACGCUGGCUGGCGUGCAGGGGUCGCGACCAGGAGGCGCUGGCCGUUGUGCGUCGCAUAGCAGCCACCAACGGCUCCACGGUGCCCCCGUUCGCCCUGCAGGUGAUCCAGACCGUGGGCAAGAGCAAGACAGACAGGAGGGGCUUCCUCAGCAUCUUUUCCAGCUGGAAUGUCUUCAGGAACACAGUAAUCCUCAUUGUUGCCAGGUCGGUACACCUGCUGACAAUGUACUCACCGGUGAUAGCAGUGAGCCGACUGAGCGCGAACCCUUUCCUGGGGAUAGUGGCUCAGGGUGCGGCCAAGUUCACUGCAUACUACCUGGUGAACUACUUUGGAGCGACGUUCGGUCGCCGUUGGCCCGGCGUGGCCAGUGCACUCUUGGCUGCAAUGGCCUGUGUCCUCAUCUUCUGCCUGCUGACUGGACGACAAGCGACUUCCCUUCGCCAUCCUCGCAGCCCUGAACUUGGUGGUAGCGUUUUCCGUGUCGUUCCUGCCGGAAUCUGCGCUUCAGCGAUUGCCGGAGACGUUAAGGGACGGUGCAGUCUUUGGCAGAGGACAGCCUUACUGGAGCUGGAAACCCAAACCGACACCAGAGUACGCCAAGGGCUAAAACAGCUACAGAAGUUCCUUUUAGUUUAGAAGGAAUGUUAAUGCGAUGCUGGCAACCUUCGAGUUCUGUUUACUGACGUCGCGCCUGUCUUACUCGGCCUGCUAUGAACGAAUAACAGUGCACUUCGAGCUCUAUUUCUAAUCUGUAAACAGUUUCACGAAAAUUAAGCCUGACCUGAAUUAGAUUAUAACUGAUGGCCGUUCUAUCCAGUAAAUGCUACACGCCAAAAUAAACUGACAUGGAAACCGCA